CGAGACACUCGAUAAUUCAUCGUGACUGCCUACACUGUGCCUACAAUGUUGCUAUGUGAGAUCUGCUAGUUAAUCUAGGCACGUACACACGUAUAUUCGCUUUGACUUUGCUGGAGCUAGAACGCACCACAUCAUUCGACAAGUUAACAUCGUUCAGUGCAGAUCAAACGGUCGAAGGGGACAGCUACUAAAACGAUUAUGGAUCACAUAAAAGACAAGAACGUUUUGAUCACCGGCGCCGCUGGUGGUAUUGGCUUGUGCUACACUCAGAACUUGUUGAAAAAUGGAGCUAAGACUGUCUCCAUUCUUGACUUGAAGACAUCGCCUGGUCAGACGACUGCUGCCAAUUUGGAGAAAGAAUUUGGAAAAGGCAAAGCCACGUUCUACCCUUGUGAUGUGUCUAACGUUAAAGAAUUCGCAGAAACCUUCAAGAAGGCUAUAAACACUAUGAACGGCGUCGACAUUGUCAUCAACAAUGCUGGCGUCUUAAAUGACCUGUUAUGGGAGCAAACGGUUAACGUAAACAUUGGUGCCGUGAUCCAAGGAUCUUUGCUCGCCAUAGAGCACAUGGGUAAACACAAAGGGGGCAAAGGUGGUAUUCUGGUAAACAUCGCGUCGUUCCUGAGUCUCGAAUACUUCUCCGUCUGCCCAGUAUAUUGUUCCAGCAAGCACCAGGUGCUUGCGUUCAGUCGCUGUUUGGAGGGUAACUUCGAGAGAACCGGCGUCCGUGUUCUCAUAUUGUGCCCCGGCGUCACAGGAACACCAAUGCUCCUGGACGUCGACAAGAAGGCCUUCGAAUUCAUCGACAAAGAGGGGUUGAUGAAUUUCCUUGGUUCCAGUGUCCCUCAAUCACCCGACAACUGUGGAAAAGCAAUGGUCACUCUCAUCCAGAAAGGUGAGAAUGGAGCAAUCUGGCUCAGCGAGAACGAUAAACCACCAGUCGCUAUCGAAAUCCCUCCUAUCAAGAAGGUACAACUCAACCUCGUUUCUCACAAUUUGUUUCGAUUUCCAAAUGCACCAACGAUCGUAGAAAUUGGGUUUCAGAUGAUCGCGAUGAUCGAUAUUCGCGAAUCGGCUGGUAAACAAGCGAUGGACACGUUGAACGCGGAAUUCGGCAAGAACCGAGCGAUUUUCUUCCAGUGUGACGUAGCAAAUAAUUCCGAAUUCGAUGAUACGUUCAAGAAAGCUGUGCUCACACUCGGCAGUCUGGAGAUUCUAGUGAACAAUGCUGGCGUGAUUAAUGAAAGCGACUUCUCGCAAGCCAUUAACGUGAACGUGACGGCUGUGGUACGCGGUACGCUUCUGGGAAUACAACAGAUGCAAAAGGACACCGGCGGCAAAGGCGGUGUUAUCGUGAACAUUUCGUCUGUGGCUGGUCUGCACGCAUUAUCGCAGCUUCCAGUAUAUUCUGCUACCAAGCAUGCAGUUGUUAGCUUCAGUCGUUCUUGUGCGCAACCUUAUCACUAUCAAAGGACAGGAGUAAGGAUAAUAGUCUUGUGUCCUGAAAUUACGCAGAGUUCGAACGAUCUUCCGGAAGGGGAAUCUCUACAGAAAUACCACCCACAAAGAGUGGACAGUAUCGCCCACGGACUAGUUUACGUGAUCAGAUGCGCUCAAAACGGAAGCAUUUGGAUCAGCGAGGACGGGAAACCAGUUUACGAAAUUCAAUUGUCCGACAGUCUGCCACUGAAACCCGAGGAGUUUUCGUUCAACGAGAUUUAAAUUACAAUAGAAAAAGAUCCUGUCACGAAAUUUUGUAGACACAAUUGAAGUAUUAUUAUAGUAACACAGGACACGUGCGCUUUGUGAUUAUCCGUUAUUGUAAUUCGCGAUAUUUACAAUUUU